UCUUGACAAAAUUAUCGGCAUAGGUGUUAUUUGUCAAUUGAUUUAUGCAAAUAAAACAUGCGCAAUAGCCGCUGAAGUUGAACAUCAAACAAUUCAAGGUAAUGUCAUUCGACAUAUGUCUUCAUAUUGUAGCAUGCGAAAUCUCACCCUUCUGUUAGCUCAUGAUUGAUUCGUUUGUAUAAUAGUAGUUAGUUCUUAGACUUACAAAUCAAACAGCAAUAUUGGUGCAAAAUGACUGAAGAAAUUAACGAGCGAAGAGAAUCAAUUACCCAUAGAAGUCGAAGUUUCCCCAGAAUAUCACCUUCAAGAGUUGUCUACGAAGCACGACGUAAUGCCGACGAGUUGGCAGUGUUUGUUUCGGAUGCAUUAAGAACUCUAGUAGUUCUUUUAUUGAUUGGAUGGAUAACAUUGUGGAUCUCAGCUUUCAUUUAUGGAUCUUUUUAUUACAAUUUUCUACCCAAAGUCUCUUUCAAAGUGGAAGCGCAUUUCAACUAUGAUAACUGUCAAGGUCAAAUAGCGAAUUCAGAUGGUGAUCGAUUUUGCAGCUUUCCAACCAGUAAUUUUAGCUUGUUGCACAAUGAGAGUCUGGAGGAGUAUCUGGUACAGGGACAGCAGUACCAUCUCAUGUUGCAGCUGGAAAUGCCAGAGAGUGAAGUGAACAGACGAGUGGGAGUGUUCAUGGCAGUCGCUUCCAUCAGGGAGAAGUCGAGGGAGGUUUUCAACAUCAGAAGAGCAGCAGCCAUGCAGUACAAGUCAGACCUGUUCUACACGAUGGAGACUGUCGUCUUAUUUCCACUCUACCUCCUAGGCAGUUACAGAAAGCAAUCUCAGACAGUGUUUGUGGAUUUGGGUCUCAUAACUUCCCCGAGUAAUGACCUCAACUCAGCCUCAAUCACUCUAGAGUCACGUGACGUAAUUGUGACGUCAGCCAGCUUCAUGGGAAUGGCAAAAUUCAGAGGUGUGCGCUUCUGGCUCUACUUCUACCCCGUGUCAGUGUGUGUGGCCUCAAUUUCCCUCCUCUUCUCCCUGUUGUUCCCUCUCCUCACAAUCUCCUUCUUCAGAUUCAGACACUCCACCAUCAUGCCAUCAUAUCUCGACUUCCAAGCAUAUGACAGACUGCGUCUGAAUAUAUCUAGAAGACAUCAAAACCGAAGAAAUGCCAGUGCAGACCAGGUUCACGAGGGGAUAGAAGACGUCGAAGAAGAUGAAGACGAGGAGUUAUUAGUAGCUGAAGUAGAGACUAGAGGCCAUUUGGAUUCUCUCGACCAAGAACCCAUAAUUAUUUCUAGUUCAGCUCCUCCAGAAGUGCAGUUGAGGCGGAGGUUAGAUGCACGCGAAGAGGAUGCGGAGAAUUCGAUUCUGGGCGGAAGGGUCUAUUUAAAUCGGAGAAGCUACGGCGAUGGGGAGGGGGAUGCAAACUAUUUACCCACUUUAGCCGACACAGCUUCAAAAAUUGACUGAGGAGAUCUAAUUUUUUGGGUGCUGAGAAAUUACUUGAUUUAAUUUGGAGCUGUCAAAUAUUUAUUAAUUCACUUCUGAUUUCA